AUGAAUAAAACAUCUCCUACAGGCGCAAAGUCCAAGUCAACCACUUCGCCCAAAUCCACCGCGAAGAGUCCCAAGCAACAACCCGAAGAGAAGCGCCUGCGGAGGUUUCGGAGCAAGCCUCCAGCCUCAUUCCAGGUCAAGCUCUCACGAGCAAGGACGCAGCGCAUGAUAGUCCUAGGUCGCAGACAGGAUACCAUCGACGGCGCUCCAGCCGAGCAUAUCGACAUUGUAGGCUCGACGGGCAAUGUCUACGAAGUCACAAUCAGCCACAUGCCAGCCUGUACAUGUCCCGACUCAACGAAGGGCAACGAAUGCAAACACAAAGUCUACGCCAUGAACACCGUCCUCAAAGCGCCCGAAGACCUGCAAUACCAACUCGCCCUACUGACCUCGGAGCUCGAGGACAUAUUCGCCCACGCGCCACCCAUCCCGACCGACGUUGUCGACGGUGAAGAUGAGGAGUCGCACGACGGCAAGCGCAAGUCCACCGACGGAGAGUGUCCGAUCUGCUACAUGGACCUAGAUCCCGAGCACAACAAACUCGUCUGGUGCAAGGCUCAGUGCGGCCACAAUCUGCACAAGUCGUGUUUCGACCAGUGGGCUGCCAGCCAGGCCGGAAAGGAAGUGCGUUGCGUCUAUUGCCGCUCAACAUGGGAGAUGGACGUGGGCGACGCCAAUGCUAUCAAAAGUGCUGGCGAACACACUGCGGAUGGGUAUGUCAAUGUGGCCGACCACUUUGGCAUGUCCAGAGCCAGGGACUACUCCGGAUACCAUCAGCCAUGGGUACGCAGGCAGAUCGGCCUAGGCUGGUGA